AUGGCUGCCGCUUCUACGGGGGGGGGCCUGUUCCGCACAGAUGGCGGGGUCAAGGCAUCCUCAGGACUUGACAUCGACGCAGAAGUUCACGAAGCUUGGUCAAGAGUUCGCAGUGGCGACGCCACAUGGAUCCUUCUGGAAUACGAAGGGAAGAACAAGCUGAAGUUGAGGGCUUCAGGCACUAGUGGCCCUGAGCUUGUCUCGGGCUUGGUUGAUGACCAAGUCUUAUUCGGCGGUCUUCGCACCAAGGCCGGUAAAUUCCUGUGCCUCAUGUGCACAGGUGCAGAUGUAGGUGGCAUGGCUAAGGGUCGCGCAGCUGCACACAAGAACGCGGCUUUCAAUGCACUGGAGGGCACAGUCGGUGAGGUGUGCGCUCUGUCAAAGGACGAGUUCGUUCAACUGCUAAUAUCCUUUGCAGUGGCAGAGGAUGAAGCGACUCUGCUCACGGUUAUGACGCGCGGUCUUGCAACCGAGAUCGAGGUGCCACAUGGGAAGGACCUGGGCUAUGCCAAGAACAGAGCGAUCGACAAGCUUUGGCAAAACAUUCCCUUCUGCCACGCUGUUGCAGCGCUGUCAAACCUCCGUAUGUUCGACGCGGAUUCGGGCGAGGAACUGCAGGAAGGAGAGGCCGUGCAAGAUGGCAUGAAGUUGCUCCUGGCAUUGGAAGAGCCCGGAGAAGGGCCUUCUGCUGCAGCCUCUGCCUUUGCAUCAGUGGUCUCUGCAGUCGGCCGGCAUAAGCUCGGCCUGGACGGGAGUGGAAAUGCAGGGUCCAGCCGAGAAGAGCUGCAGAAGCUCUCGCUGAAGGAGCUCAAAAAGAGGCUUCAGGAAGCUGGGCUUUCGGCGGACGGCUGCCUGGAGAAGAGCGAUCUCGUUGACCGGCUCUUGGACAACAAGAAAGCGUUUUUGCCAAGCACUGGAGACAAGGAGGCAGCUGCUCAGCUGGCAGAGUUCGUUUCGGGUAACCGAAAGGUUCCGGUCGAUACCUACUUCAUCGACAGCAGAAGUGCUGCCUUUCUCCAGGCUGCUCCAGAUGGCAAGCAGCUGUGCGAGAACCUCAACUUCCUGGGUGGUUUCGGGGUUCGCGAAAUCCACGGCCUGACAGUAGCGUUCCUGUCCGGGUGUGGCCCCAAGAACGGGUUAGGCAAGAAUGGAUUUCAAGGCCAAAGCUUGCAACUGAUCUGA